UUGAAGAACCUUCUUUUGAAAUUCAGAAUCACAUUGAAGAGUCUUAUAAUUAUACUCAAUUGUUGAACCAUUGUUAUUUCUUUCUGUGUUAAAGGUGACUUUGGAAAGCUUACUGUUUCAUGCAUGUUGACAGCAGGAGGAGGUGAAUUGAUUAAAUAGAACUCUUAAUAUUAAACAUUUACAUCAUUGAUCAGUGAAUCCAAAUGGCUGGAACUGUUAGCUCUGAGUCAAAGACCACAGAAAAGGCUCACCUUAUUUACCGGUGUAAGAAAUGCCGAAGAAUUGUAGCUUCAGAUGAGAAUAUUGUUUCCCAUGAGCGGGGAAAAGGAGAAGGAAGUUUCAAAUGGAAGAAGAGAAAUGAGAACACAGAAAAGCAACUAGUGGACUGUACCUCAGUAUUUGCCGAACCCAUGAAGUGGAUGCAAACAGUUGAUGAGGGCCAUGUAGAGGAAAAACUUUUCUGUUUGGGAUGCAAUGCUCGUUUGGGUUAUUUCCACUGGGCAGAUAUGCAGUGUAGCUGUGGAGCAUGGGUGAAUCCUGCAUUUCAGCUGCAUAAAUGCCAUUUAGAUGAGUGCUAUAUAUGACUCAAUCGCUUCUCAGCUUCCCCAUAAUCCACACCUGAGGCUUGGAAAAACUCGAUAGUAGUAAUACCUGAACAUCAGUAAGGAGCUUUUCCUUAUGGAUUAUGGGAGUUUUAGAAUAUGGAAUUUUGUACAGCCACAGGUUUGGUCUCCUGCACCACCAUAAUAGAAAAAAGUUAGUGC